UAUUAGGCCCAGAGAGGAGGAAGCGGGAGCGUGCAGAGGGCAAAGAGGCCCUUGAGAGCUGCUCCCUACAAAACAUGUAUUGUGGCGAAAGGUGUGGGAGUCCCAGAACUGGCCUAGUUUACUCCUCCCUCUCAGGCAGCGCCAUGGCCUCAGAGGCACCAUCCGGAUUGUCUCUUCUGUGGGAUAGAGUGGAAAGAGCAGCAGGGCAGCCCAAUCAGGAUCUGUUGCCCUUCCAGGGUCUGGUGACCUUUGAGGAGGUGGCCGUGUAUUUCACAGAGGAGGAAUGGGCCCUGCUGGAUCCCGGCCAAAGAGCUCUGCACAGGGAAGUCAUGGCGGAGAAUUAUGAGACGGUGGCCUCUCUCGAGUCGGACCUCCAUUCGUGUUGGGAAGAAAGAAAAGAUCCCUUUAUCCAGUAUCCCAAAGAUGCGACAUCAACAGGUAGAUGUUCAGCUGCGUUGAGGCCCCAUUUUGGUUUGGAAAAUGUAGGAUUUUUCAGUUCCUGUGUAAUAUGAUUCGUUGCAGAUUAAUUGACCCAUCAGGGUGUGAGUUCUCCUGGAGAACAUCUUAGAUGUCUUUAAGAAGAGCCUGCUGGAUCAGGCCAAUGGCAGCAUGCCUAUAGGAAGCAAGCAAGCAGGACCUGAGUGCAACCCUUGCCCCGUUGGGAGCACAGUGACUGUCUUAAAGCUGCAAAGUGCUCUCUGAAGUACCCUUCCCCCUCCUUUCAUUGAGCAGGGGGGGAAGGAAAAAAGGUGCCUUUCGGAUGGGCUGCCUGCCAGAGAAGUCCCAUGCACAACCGAUCUUUCUAAAAAGCAGUGGCUUCUGAAAGGGAACAGGCACCCACAGCCAAGCUGAGCCCUUGGCUUGCCACCCCACACUGCUUCUUUCAACUUCAGGAGCUGAAUGGGGCUGCUUCACAGAGCAGUGCUGGGAGGGAGAAGUGAUUUCCAUCCAAUGGAAACAGCUUCCCCUUCCUUGAGCAAAGCCCCCUCCAACCGCUGAUCAGCUGACUGGCAGGUGCAAGUGCGCCCCACUCCAGCAAAGGAGCAAUUGGCAGCCCGUUUCAAGGUCCUGGUGGUUCUUUUGAAGCCUCAUCUUAUGUCAGAUCGGAGGGUGGUGCCUUUAUGUC